GAGGGCCGGCUCUCCGGUUCCGUUCACGCCUCCUCUGCGCUCCGGUUCCUCUGCGCUCCGGUUCCUCUGCGCUCCGCAACACGUCGUCUUCUUGUUUUUCCAUCACUGGACUCUUUUUUUUCUUUCCUCCGGCCUCCACCUUCCUGUUCUUCCUCCUCUUCCUCCUCCUCCUUCUCCUUCUACUCCUCCUCCCCGUUCCUUUCUUUUUUUUCCUCCUCGGUACAUGGCGCAGAGGAGUCGUGCGAGCCGGUCGCCUCGUGUCCGUCCAUCACCGGGCGUCGCGGAUUUGGACGUGACCGCGAGAGAGGGGAAAAAUUGUCGGUAAGACCGGUACCGUACCGGGUCAGGCUGCCGGUCAGGAGGGGAGGAAGAGACGAGCUGCGCCGAACCUAAUAUCUGUCCAUCUCUCUUUACAUCCUUCCAUCAAUCACAUCCUUCCAUCCAUCCACCCACAGUGCAUCUCUCUCUCUCUCUCUCUCUCUCUCUCUCUCUAUCUUCAACUAUCUAUAUAUCUAUCUCUCUAUCCAUCUCUCUCUCUCUUUCCCUCCCUCUCUCCCCCCGUCCAUGUCGCGCGAUGCCGCACGCGGAUGCCGUUCUCGCUUUCGGAGGACAUUUUCGGAACGCUAGGAGCCACCUAUGGAAACUGGGGAUCGAAAUUUUAGAAAGAAAAGAAAGAGGACAUCAGACGGGUCUUCCUUUGAUUUUAUUUCAUUUCAUCUCCCACCCUUUCCAUCUGACUGUUGAUUGAUUGAUUAAUUGGUUGAUUGAUCGAUCGAUUGAUUGGACCGGAUCGAUUCCCCUUUUCCCUUUGUGCGUUUGAUUUCUUUUCUUUAAAUUUUUUGCUCUUUUUUUCAUUACAUCCUUCCUGCUUUUUUUCCUUUUCUCCUUUUUUUUAAAAUACAGGGUGCUUCGUUAUUAAAGGAGCAAUUUGUUGGUGUGUGUGUGUGUGUGUGUGUGAAGAUGUGUAAAAGGUGUAUUAGGUUCAUAUCUGCUGCUGCUCUGGAAGCUCCACAUGUAUGAUACAUUGCAUAUAUAUGAAUAGAGAGAGAUAGAAAGAAAGAAAGAGAGAGAGAGAGAAAGAGAGAGAGAGCAAAGCAUCCCUCGGUGAUUAGAAGCGUUUCUCCUCCACCCCCAUCUCACGCCGACGUUUCAUCCCGGAGCGGCGAGUAUGACACGAGCUCAGAAAGCCGCACACGUACAGCCGCGUUAGUCGGUCGUGCUCGUCACGUGCAGGAUCGUCCUCAAGGUCCUGCGAGCGAAAAGUACACGUGUAUCGUGUUAGAAUUCAGGUUGCAGAAUCUGCUGCUUCUCUCGCUGGUCCUGUUGCAUUAAAGGAGCACAGCACCAGGCGCCAGCCGAAGAGGCUUGUCCCAAAUUUUCCUUCCUAAUCAGUAAUCGUCCAAACGCAACCAUAAGGUUCCCGGUGCGUCCGCCUCCUUCCCCCUCCUUCCGCUCCAACCUGUCCCGGUUUUUCCAAUCGGUCCGCUCCCCUCCGUUCUCCAAUAUUUAUUUCCUGUACGUGAAGAGGAAAGGGGGUCCCCCCGUCGUGCAAUGCAGCAGCAUGGGCACGUUUGACCGCGGCGUGCAGAUGCUGCUGAGCACAGUGGGCGCGUUCGCCGCGUUCAGCCUCAUGACCAUCGCCGUGGGCACCGACUACUGGCUGUACUCGCGCGGCGUCUGCAAGAUCAAGACCACCAACGAGAACGAGACCAGUAAAAAGAAUGAGGAAGUCAUGACCCACUCGGGCCUGUGGAGGACGUGCUGCUUGGAGGGGACCUUCAAAGGACUGUGCAAGCAGAUCGAUCACUUCCCGGAAGACGCCGAUUACAAAGCGGACGCCUCCGAGUACUUCUUACGUGCCGUUAGAGCAUCCAGCAUCUUCCCUAUCCUCAGCGUGAUCCUGCUCUUCAUGGGAGGCCUGUGUAUAGCUGCCAGCGAGUUCUACAAGGCUCGCCACAACAUCAUCCUCAGCGCCGGGAUCCUCUUCGUCUCGGCAGGUCUCAGUAACAUCAUCGGCAUGAUUGUGUACAUAUCGGCGAAUGCAGGAGACCCGACCAAGAGCGACUCAAAGAAGAACAGCUACUCGUACGGCUGGAGCUUCUACUUCGGUGCGCUGUCCUUUAUCAUGGCCGAGAUGGUGGGAGUCCUGGCCGUUCACAUGUUCAUCGACCGGCACCGGGAGCUGAGAUCGGGCGUGAGGGCAGCCGAUUACCUGCACGGUUCAGCCAUUACACGAAUCCCCAGCUAUCGUUACCGCUACCGGCGCCGCUCGCGUUCGAAUUCCCAGUCACGCUCGUCGUCGCGCUCAACAGAGCGCUCGCAGUCACGUGAAGCCUCCCCGGUCGGCCUGAAAGGCUUCGGCACGUUGCCCUCGACCGAGAUCUCCAUGUACGCGCUAAAGGGAGGCCAUGGAACCCCCACGGCCACCUACAACUCGGACAGGGAAUUCCUCCAGGUCCACAACUGCAUCCAGAAGGACCUGAAGGACUCGGCUCACGGGAACUCAGCCAACCGACGCACCACACCAGUAUGAGCAACCCCUUCCCAUCCCUGCUCAAAUACAAACGCCACAACUGGGAAGAGAAUCGUAUCAGCUCUAAAGUUCAUGUACCGUGAGUUCUCAUUAAUAGGACGUGUUUUGCUCCUGUUCUUUUUCCUCACGGUCACUUUGCAUGGUUUUUUUCAUGUUUUUUUAUGUUAGCUGUGAAGUUAUGUGCGUUACUUGGCACUCUGGCCCUGAAUUGGAUUACGGUUCCCCUAACAUGCCCAUGUCGAAAUUUCAUGGAGGAAAUCGCUCCAAUUACGCAAAUUAGUUUUUAUUUUGAUAGCGGUUUGCGAAAUCGCUAGCUGCACUGUAACACCAUUUAGUUUUCCGGCUAUCGGAUUUUAGAAGCCGCUUUUGUUUAAAAUUAGGUCCUUUUUCUUUACACUUUUAAGUAAAGCAGCUUCAUCCGCCAUUUUUCUGGAAAAUAUUCCUGAUCUGGAGAUCGUUCCCAUGGCUUUUGUAAAAAAAAAACAAAAAGGGCGUGUCGAAGUUCGGCACUGAAACAAGGCCCAGGGCAAAAAAAACAAAAACAACAAAGCGCUUGUACUUUCUUUUACGUAUUAAUUCGAAUCAUUUCCGAUCGUUUGAUUUGUUUCUUAUUUAAUUUUUACAUAAAAAAACUGUGAAAUGCCGCAGUAGGGAUUUCAGUAAGGAAAUAGCCCAGACUGCAAACAAAGCUAUACAUUAUAUACGUAUAUAAUGUAUUAAUUUUCUAACUUAUAUAAAAGACUUUUCUGAAGUGCAAAAAAAAAAAAACCAUGGACAAAACCACACACACACACACACACACACACACACACACACACACACAAGAAUGAUAAGAAACCGAGUGACGAACAGG